AUGCGCUUCCCGGCCCUCGCUGUCCCGGCCCUCGCGGCGCCCGCCCUGACGGCCUCCAUAACUCUGUACCUGCCACCCGUUCCCAACCCUUUCACACUCCCGGCCUCGACGCACGCAACGCUGUCCACGCUCGGCAGCGCCUUCUCGGCACCCAUAUCCGCCCUCAACACCUUUGUCUUCCACAACGUCACGCCCGGCUCGUACCUAGCCGAUAUCCACUGCAAAACAGACGGCUUCCGCCCCCUCCGCAUCGACGUGGCCCGCGACGCCGACGGCAAAGAGACGUUCCAGGCGUGGGACACCUUCCGCGGCAACGAAUGGGGCAACAAGGGCGAGGCGCUGCCCGUCAAGGACGGCAGCGCAGGAUGGGGCGUGGAGGCCAAGAGCCUAGGCAAGAAGAUGUACUUUGUGGACAGGCCGCAGUUUUCCGUGCUGAGUAUUUUGAAGAACCCCAUGAUCCUGAUGGGCCUCGUGAGCAUGCUCAUCUUCUUUGGCAUGCCGAAGCUCAUGGAGAACAUGGACCCCGAUUUAAAGGCCGAGUUCGAGGCGCGGCAGCGCGAGGGCCCCAUGGCCGCUAUGAGCGGGCAGCAGCAGAAUCCUCUGGGGAACUUUGACAUGGCUGCCUUCUUGGCGGGUUCGGGGAAGAAGGAGGGCGGUGCUGGUGCGGGGAGCGUCAGUGAUGGGAGGAAUGAGCCUGUCAGAAGGUGA